AUGGGGAAAUCGGAGUUGAUACCAAAAACUCGACCCAAGAAGAGGGUACGGCCAAUCUCCAAUCCCCUCUACACCAAUGUUGAGGCCUUCUUCUGCAACAUACUCAAACAUCAUGAUGUAUGCCCGGAAGAACAGUUUCCUGCCUUCGAUCGUCUCUAUUCUGUAUCUUUCGAGCACGAGGAAAGUUUUUAUCUGGGAUGUCAAACAUUCUAUGCCUUCACCGUGGAAUUCAUGGAUCCAGAAAAAUUUGAGAAAUCCACCGAAGUUGCACCUCCUACUUGUCAAGUGGUGGUUCGGCCCAAAUCUUACAGAAAGCCUGCUAAAUAUGACAUUCAACCAUUGACCCCGAUUGACGAGUCCAGCGAGUCCACCGAAUCUAUCGAAGAAAGAACGAGAAACGGUCAACCUUGCUUGCCAAUGAAAAUGUCUCCUGUACACGGUUUUAGCCAUUGGAAAGAUGAACAGCCCAGGAUGGUCUCUUCACUAAUGCCUGCUGCGGUUCCAAACAACAAUAUUUCGUCACUUGGGGUUGCACAUUAUUCAAUGCCUCCUUUAUCGCCGAUGUCGAAGAUGAUUCAGGAUCUUGAGUACGCAUCAUUGUCGGUAUCCACCAACACCCGUUCGAGUGAAUCACUUGAUUCAAUUCAUGGUAAAUCCUUGAAGUCAGCAAUCGCUAAUAUCAAUGGUAUUGAAUCAAAUGACAAUGAUGGACUCUACGCCAUCUCUAUUCACCCCACUUCAGCGAACCCCGCAAUCAAAGUACUUGAUGGAGUUCAACCGACCUCCCAAUUUCCUAAUCUCACAUACGAUGCUCGAACCGAUCGAUAUAUCAAGAAACCAAAGACUGGAAUAGAACGGGAUUCUAAACUUAAUGAUGGUCUAGCAAUUGAUGGCAUGUAUACAGCAGCUACUGUAGCGAGGGGAGAAAAAGGCAUGGUCGCAAGUCGAAUCACGGAACGUCCCGAGACAGAAAUCAUGAAAUAUACAGAUUCGGAUGGAACAAUGGGAGUCCGACCUUUGAGGAUGAAGCCACAAGUUCAAGACAAUGGUUUGUACCGAGAAGUCAAGGUGAGGCUUGGAAACGAAAGUGCCGAAGAUGCUGCUAAAGGACAUUUACGAAUGGCGUCAGAGCCAGAGCGGCUUGUGAUUCCAGGAGCAGAUCAACAUAUUGGCAAAUUUAGAGCCGAUACGAUACCAAUUAAGAGAAUUGCAAGACAUCAAUCUGCGAAUAUGUCUCGAAAACUUGAAAAUUCUCCAACCUUAUCCCGUAGGAAUUCCCGCCGCAGAAAGGCUGGUCCAGUCUACUUGCCAGCUUGUACCGAGAACAAAGAUGGAAGUCCAAGAAGGCCAUUUUUCACUCCAGACGAUACAAGAUCGCCAUCACCAAGAUCUCAUCUAGUUCGCUCGCCACCACCAAUGAAUCGUCCAUAUCGUCAUAUCAGUCAACAAUUCGUAAACAACACGUCUAGUAUUGAUACCCCCCCAACGCAAGAUCGUGGUUCUGUUGAAAGUGAUCUUUUUUCAGUCGCGGUUGAUGUUACUUCUCUCGUAUCGCCAACAGCCAUUACAAUAUCUCCAGAGGUCAAUAUCACUUCUGUCAUGCCACAGUCAAGAACCACCAAAUCCUCAACUACCCCCGAGGCUCCAGUAAAGGUUCCACCUUAUAUCUUUGACCUCCCUGAAAUCUUCUCAUCUCCAUCACCAAUCGCUUCACCACCUAAACUUGCAGCCGCAGUUCCGGCUACUCCCACCCAAAAGUCUGAUUCCACAAACAUCCAACCUCUUCCUAUCCAUAAUCGGAAAAAGACUGGUAUCACUUCAUCAUUAUACUCCCUUUACACCUCUAAAUCCUCUCCUCACAAUAGCGUUCAUGUACAUCCUCCACUUUCCAGGAUUUUCAGCGUCCCAACUCCACCAAGUACGCCAACGACUAGUCUUAUUCGCUCCGAUACAACCAAUACAAAGAACACAGUGAGUACCGUGCGCAGUACACCCACUCAAGGUACCUACAGCCACAGCCGCCACAACACGUAUUCGACAGAUCUCUCCAGCAUUGCAUCACCUAUUACCAGCCCGCUUCACAAAGCCAGACCAUCCUUCGAUGCUGACCCCUUCCGAAUCCCUAGCCCAUCCCUCGAUGCAUUUUCAUUCCCAAAUACCGCUCCAUCAGUUAAGCCAUCACCGCUACCCUGUCCCCGCAGCAAUCUCAGCGAAGAAAGCGUCGCCUUAACCAAACAUCUAGUCCGAGAAGGUAUCUACGGCGGUAUUGUCUACGACGUCGCUCCUUCUUCCAAUCGCUAUCCCACCUACCCAGAACGAUUUGUUCCCCAUCUGACCAAAAAGCUCACUCCCGCUCAACUUCAACGCAAGAAGGUACUCGCAUCCCGCAAACUCGCAUCCGCGCUCCGAAAGCGCGAAAGAGCCGAGAAAAGAGAAAGGAAAGCCCAAGCGAAACAAGCUAAAACGACGCUGAAAAAAGUAAAAGCCCGAACUAGGAAUGCGAAACUAGCAGUGCAGAGUAAAAAAGGAAAACUGAACUAUCUUACCAUUCAUGUCUUUUUCAGGGGCUUAGGAAAUGGGGUUAGGAUGAAGUGGCAGGGAGCUAGACGGAGAUUGAGUCAAAUACAGUUUUCGAAGAUUCUGGGAGCAAGACGGGAGAGAGAGGUUGUGGGCGAAGAGUACGAUUUUGUUUGUAGGGGAGAGAGCGAGGAUAAGAAUUGGGAGGAUGUAAGAAUGAGUGGUGGGAUUUUCGAGCCGGUGAUGAGUGGAGAGGGGCAAGAGAUCACGGAGUCGAAGAUGAAGGAGUGA